AUGGUUGCUAAGAAGGUGAACAAACACACCCAUUACAAAAAAGAUGACACUUUUGAGGAUCUACUCAAGCCUGUUUACAAGGGCAAGAAGUUGACCGAUGAGGUCAAUACUACAGAGGAUAAAUGGAACCUUUUGCCUGCUUUUUUGAAGGUCAAGGGUUUGGUGAAACAGCAUUUGGACUCCUUUAACUAUUUUGUGGACGUUGACCUUAAAAAGAUCAUUCGUGCUAAUCAAUUAAUCUUAAGUGAUGUUGAUCCUGAGUUCUACUUAAAAUACGUUGACAUCAGGGUUGGCCAAAAAUCCAAUUCCUCUGUCAGAUACAACAUGACCCCUCCUCAAGAAUGUAGACUAAGGGACAUGUCAUAUUCUGCUCCCAUAUAUGUGGAUAUCGAGUAUACGAGAGGUAGAAACAUUAUUAUGCAUAAGGAUGUUGAAAUUGGUAGAAUGCCCAUCAUGUUGAGGUCCAACAAGUGCAUUUUAUAUGGAGCUGAUGAAAGCUUAAUGGCAAAGCUCAAUGAAUGUCCCUUGGAUCCAGGCGGAUAUUUUAUUGUCAAUGGUACGGAAAAAGUUAUAUUAGUUCAAGAGCAACUGUCAAAAAAUCGUAUAAUUGUAGAAGCAGACGAAAAGAAAGGAAUUGUUCAGGCUUCAGUAACUUCUUCCACUCAUGAAAGAAAAUCCAAGACAUAUGUAGUUACGAAAAAUGAAAAGAUUUAUUUGAAACACAAUUCUAUUGCUGAGGAGAUCCCAAUUGUGGUAGUUUUGAAGGCAUGUGGUAUUGUAUCAGAUUUAGAGGUGAUGCAAUUGGUAUGUGGUAAUGAUAGCAGUUAUCAGGAUAUAUUUGCGAUCAACUUGGAAGAAGCUUCAAAACUGGGACUCUACACACAACAACAAGCAUUGGAAUAUAUAGGUUCUAAAGUUAAAACAGUUAGAAGGCAAAAGUUGACAACACUACAAGAAGGUAUAGAAGCCAUCGCAACAACCGUUAUCGCGCAUUUGACUGUGGAGGCACUGGAUUUCAGAGAAAAAGCACUGUAUAUAGCAAUGAUGACAAGAAGGGUCGUUAUGGCUACUCAUAAUCCAAAAAUGGUUGAUGAUAGAGAUUACGUCGGUAAUAAACGUUUGGAACUAGCUGGUCAAUUACUUUCCUUGUUAUUUGAGGAUUUGUUUAAGAAAUUCAACAAUGAUUUUAAAGCUAGCAUAGACAAGGUCUUGAAAAAACCUAACCGAGCAAUGGAAUACGAUGCACUGUUAUCAAUUAACUUACAUUCUAAUAAUAUCACAAGUGGCUUGAACAGAGCUAUUUCUACUGGUAACUGGUCAUUGAAAAGAUUUAAGAUGGAAAGGGCUGGUGUGACACACGUCCUUUCAAGACUUUCCUAUAUUUCGGCUCUCGGUAUGAUGACAAGAAUUUCAUCCCAGUUCGAAAAGUCGAGGAAAGUUUCAGGGCCACGAGCAUUGCAACCAUCUCAAUUCGGUAUGUUAUGUACUGCGGAUACGCCUGAAGGUGAGGCGUGUGGUCUAGUGAAGAAUCUGGCACUCAUGACACAUAUCACAACAGAUGACGAAGAGGCACCUAUCAAAAAGCUCUGCUACUUACUUGGAGUUGAAGACAUAAAUCUAAUAGAUAGUGCAUCAUUACAUCUGAACUAUGGUGUGUAUCUGAAUGGUACCUUGGUCGGUGCGACGAAGUUCCCUAUCAAGUUUGUUUCACAAUUUAGAAAUCUAAGAAGGGAUAGUAAGAUUUCCGCAUUCAUAUCUAUUUACACAAAUUCACAUCAAAAAGCUGUUCAUAUUGCGACAGAUGGUGGAAGAAUUUGUCGCCCACUAAUCAUCGUUUCAAAUGGUAAAUCAAAGGUCCAAGCAGGACAUUUAAAAAGACUUAUGGAUGGUGAACUUGUAUUCGAUGACUUCCUAAAGCUGGGUCUAGUUGAAUACCUUGAUGUUAACGAGGAGAACGAUUCAUACAUUGCAUUAUACGAAAAAAAUAUUGAUGAGAACUUCACACAUCUGGAAAUUGAACCGUUCACUGUCUUAGGCGCCGUUGCAGGUCUUAUUCCGUACCCACACCAUAACCAAUCACCACGUAAUACUUACCAAUGUGCGAUGGGUAAACAAGCAAUUGGAGCAAUUGCAUACAACCAGUUCAAAAGGAUAGAUACACUGCUAUAUCUGAUGAUAUAUCCUCAGCAGCCAAUGGUGAAAACAAAAACGAUAGAAUUGAUUGACUACGAUAAAUUGCCAGCCGGUCAAAAUGCGACAGUUGCGGUUAUGUCUUACUCUGGUUAUGAUAUUGAAGAUGCCUUAGUUCUAAAUAAGGCGUCUAUCGACAAAGGUUUUGGACGUUGUGAAACGCGUCGGAAAACAACUGCUAUAUUGAAGAGGUAUCCAAAUCAUACACAGGACAUUAUUGGCGGUAUGCGUGUCGACGAAAAUGAUGAGCCAAUCUGGCAGCAUAAAUCAUUAGGGGCCGAUGGAUUAGGCGAAGUGGGAAUGAAAGUUGAAAAUGGACAAGUAUACAUCAAUAAAUCUAUUCCUACCAACGCCUCUGAGGGUGUACUAAAUACAGCGCAAGCCCAAUACAAAGAAACGCCAGUCACAUAUAGGGGACCCGAGCCUUCACGUAUUGACCAGGUCAUGAUGUCUGUUUCUGAUAAUGAUCAAGCAUUAAUUAAGGUUCUUUUGCGACAGAAUCGUAGGCCAGAGUUAGGGGAUAAAUUUUCGUCUAGACACGGUCAAAAGGGUGUCUGUGGUAUCAUUGUUAAACAGGAAGAUAUGCCGUUCAGUGAUCAAGGAGUCGUGCCAGACAUCAUUAUGAAUCCUCAUGGGUUUCCUUCUCGUAUGACGGUUGGCAAAAUGAUAGAAUUGGUAUCUGGUAAAGCAGGUGUUUUCAAUGGAACUCUUGAAUAUGGUACGUGUUUCGGUGGCUCCAAAUUAGAAGACAUGUCAAAAAUUUUAGUGGACCAAGGGUUUAACUACUCAGGCAAGGAUAUGCUUUACUCAGGUAUAACAGGAGAAUGUUUACAAGCCUACAUCUUUUUUGGUCCCAUCUAUUAUCAGAAGUUGAAGCAUAUGGUUUUGGAUAAGAUGCAUGCCAGAGCAAGAGGUCCAAGAGCUGUCUUAACCCGCCAACCUACAGAAGGUAGAUCUAGGGAUGGUGGUUUGAGAUUAGGAGAAAUGGAAAGAGAUUGUGUGAUUGCUUACGGUGCUUCGCAACUAUUAUUGGAAAGAUUAAUGAUAAGUUCAGAUGCUUUCGAAGUCGAUGUCUGUGAAAAAUGUGGAUUAAUGGGAUACAGCGGUUGGUGUAAAACAUGUAGAACAGCCGAAUACAUAACCAAGAUGACUAUACCUUAUGCUGCAAAAUUACUUUUCCAGGAAUUGUUAUCAAUGAACAUAGCCCCAAGAUUGAGACUAGAGGAUAUUUUCCAAGAGUAA